GAGUGUUUCGUGAGCAACACCUCCCCGCUGGUGCUGUGGUAUUGGGAUCCAGAGCAUCCGGUGAUUGUCGGUGCUUUGGAGGGCCAGCUUAUUCGCAUCACGAAGCUGGCGAAGCGGACUACCCUCAAUCGGAUGGUGUCUGCGCUCCACGUUCUCUGCGAGCCACCAAGGCGAGCGAAGAAGAAGGAGGGCCAUAUCAAGGAGCGUUUGCAGAUUCAGCACGUUCCAUCGCCGCAGUUGAAAUCGAUCCUCCUGCCUUUCCCGAUGACUCAGGAAGAGAGGCUGGCCGAGUCGAAGAAGCCACCUGUGCCGAAAGUGCUUGAGGGCGAAGAGCCUGCCAUCGGAGUGAAACU